AUGCUUUAUCGACCUUGCUCUACUCUCAAGUACCUAUACGCCCCCAACAGCCAGCGCGCGUUCAAACACAGGCCAGCCUGGUUUCCUCAUCGAAUACCCGCACGCACGUUUUACAAUCAGAGUGUAGAGGUCAAGGAGCUUACUUCUCUGUUAAAACUAAGCCCUUUGUUUAGAGUCAUCCUAGGUCCGCCGAGUUCGGGCAAGACGGCUUUAGUUCGAGAAGUUGCAUCUCAAAAACGACUCGAUGACACUCCGGAAUUUCAUUCACUGACAAUCAACCUCCGUUCAGUGGAUACUUCAGAACACGGAAGCUUCAUGAAGGCGUUUGUCAAGCAUGCGCAUAUGGCCGAUUCCUUCCGGGACGUUGUGUCAAGCAUCUCCAAGGUGGAGGCACUUGGCUUCUCUGCGAAAUUUCGAGAAACCAAAAUUUCGACAGAAUCGGCCGCAAACAUCUUCGAAGAUUUUGGAAACCGCCUCAAGCCAUGGAAAAUCUCACACGGGUCAAGACCUUGUGUCUUAAUCAUUGACGAGGCAAAUGUCUUCCAAGAGAUGAGUGACGAGGUAAAAGAAGCGAAAAUGCAGGUUGUAUUCACAUCCUCCGACUCGUUCUUCAAGAGUUGGCUGAAAAAACAUGUCAAUAACGCUCACUUUGAGACACUCGUCGUUGGUGACCUACCCUACAUGGAGGCUAAAGAUUAUUUCCUUCACAAGGUCAAAAACCAUCCAUACCUCACCAAAACAAACAAAGACCGUCUGGAAUCUGUCGACUUCCAAAUUCCUUUCAGAAUAACUGGAGGGAGAAUGUUCUUUAUCAAGAAAUAUAUCAAUCACGUUCAUGUGUUUGGUUAUUUUGAGAAUCCUAUGGAAUUCCCGCCGACGCAACUUGCGUACACCUUCAUGGAAGAUGACUUGCUAGGGAAGGCAAAAACGUACACCGGAGAAACUGCUCUGGAAGUCUGCAAGCUCCUUGUGGAUUCACCUGGCUAUGUUGACUAUCGCAAACUUUCAGAAGAGCUCGGCAAUGCAGUCGUUGAAGAGAUGAUACAACAAAACAUUCUUCAUUUCCGACCAGCUUCUGCCUUUUCCAGGGAUCUGUAUCCUCCCCCUUCCAGAUCAUCGGUCGUUACGGCUCAAAGCAAACCUGCCCUCUGUGCGAUGGAAGUGCUUGUCAAGGAGUCGAGAAAGCAGUAG